AUGAAUCGGCGCAUGCUGUCCAAGGACGAGGAGGGCGCGGGCGAUGAGGUCGAGGUGCGCCGCGAGGACCAGGACAAGAUCAACAAGUUUAGUCGUCUGCACCAGAAGGAGCUGAAGCUCGAGGAAGAUCUCAAGACGAAGAACAAGGAGAAAGAGGAGCUCGACGAUGUCACGACCGAACUAGAACUCGCCGACGAGGACGAGACGGUGCCGUAUAAGAUUGGCGACGCCUUCUUUCACGUCUCGUUAGAGCAGGCGCAGGAGAUGCUAUCCACAUCCAGCUCGAACAUUGAGGAUGAGAUUUCAGCGUUGGAAGAGAACCUGAACACGGUGAAGGAAGACAUGACCCAGCUGAAGGUGGAACUAUACGCGCGAUUCGGCCGCAGCAUCAACCUGGAAACCUGA